AUGGCUGCGUCUAGCAAUCAAACAGCACCAUCUGCGCCGCCAGCGACCCGCAGCAGCAAGCGUACGCUUGACGAUUGCCUCGAGGGGGACGCGAGGAGUGAAGAUCCCCUCGACAACAUGCCCGAUCGCGCCGAGGAAUCUGCCAUCACGGCCGACAAUGGGGACACAAUUCUUCCUCCACCUGCUGAGCCCGCGCCAUCCGCCCCGUCGUCUGCCGCUCCGAGCGGAUCCCCAUUUUUCCAAUCCUCCCGUCCAGCAGCACCCCUCCCUUCGCCUGCUGCUCCGUCCUCAGGCAGGCCGUCGUCGCCCAGUCCUCUGGACAAGGCGUGUGCCGACCUCAGGUGGAUGAAGGAAGACCUAAGGGUGAGCAAGAUCAAGCGGGCUUGUGUGGAAGCGAGCCUCAAAGAGAGCGAGGCCAAGCGGGCGUCGGAGGAACGGAAAUUCAAGGCGAGCGAAGCCAAGCGGGUGGUGGCGGACGAGAAGCUUCGUGUGGCCCUGGAGAGGCAAAAGGUGGUGGAGAAGGCGCUCGGUCCAAAGGGGAUGAAGCGGGUAGAAGCAAAGAUGAAGCUGCUGGCGGAUGCGGCAGUAGCGGACAGGAAGGAGAAGGAGGCGGAGGCGGUAUGGAAGAAGGCCAAGGCGGAUGCGGCGCGGGCGAGAGAGCUGGCGGCGAAGGAGCUAUGA